UCCCAAGAACAUUCAUUUCAACCCCCCAGUUAUCACCCAGUAGUAAAAGAAGGAAGCAAGCAGUCUUUCUCUCACGGCCUCUUCCAAGAACCAAAGGACAGUUAAUCUCAAACUGUAAUAAAAGAGGAACUCUUCUUUUUGUUAACCACUACUAUAACUAGAACCAUUCCCACAUACACACACCGAGUCGCAGACGCCACAGUCUCUCGACAAAUGCAAGAUCCGAACUCCAAGAAUUUGUUGAGCCAACCGCCGCCGUUUUCUGCGGCAAUGCGGCCGUCCCACCACCGUAGAGCCCACUCUGAGGUCAACUUUCGGCUGCCGGAGGACUUAGAUCUGGUUUCCGACCCCUUUGAUGCGCCGGCCGGGAGUUUCGAGGAGAUGGGAUCCGAGGAUGAUCUCUUCUCUACUUACAUGGACAUCGAGAAGAUCAGCGGUGGCGCCGGCGGUGGAUCUGGUGUUGGUGACUCCAUUCUCGACAAUGCGGGUGGCGGGGCGGGGGCGGACGAUGGUAACAAGAACGGCGGCGCUGAUGGUGUAGCUAGGCCGAGGCAUAGGCAUAGUAAUUCGGUGGACAGUUCGAGCCUGUUGUUUAAUGAGAGUAGCAUUGAAGCUAAGAAAGCAAUGGCUCCUGAUAAGCUUGCUGAGUUAUGGAAUAUUGAUCCUAAGCGCGCCAAAAGGAUUUUGGCGAAUCGACAAUCUGCUGCUCGAUCAAAAGAGAGAAAGGCCCGUUACAUAUCUGAGCUGGAGAGAAAAGUUCAGACACUUCAAACUGAGGCCACAACUCUGUCUGCUCAGCUGACACUGUUCCAGAGAGAUACGACUGGACUAAGUAAUGAGAAUACGGAGCUCAAGCUUCGGUUACAGGCCAUGGAACAGCAAGCUCAGUUGCGUGAUGCCCUUAACGAAGCACUGAAGCAAGAAGUAGAGAGACUCAGACUUGCUACUGGAGAAAUAUCUUCGACUUCAGACACGUUCAAUUUGGCAAUGCAGCAUGUUCCAUACAAUCAAUCCACCUUCUUUACCUCUCCACCCCAAUCCAGCCCAAACGAGAACAUACAAAUGCAGCAAUUUCAUGCCGUCCCGACGGGCAUGUCGAGUCAUCAGCACCCGAUGCUUUCAGCUGCUCACGUACGGGGCCUUGCUGACUCGUUCCACCAGGACCCUCUUGGCCGUUUCCAAGGUCUUGAUAUCGGUAGCCGAAGCUCUCAUUUAGUGAAAACUGAGGGGCCGUCUAUCUCCGCCAGCGAAAGCAGCAGUACAUUCUGAUAUUUUCAGGUUCUCUCCCAAUUCGUCCCGGUGAUCCAACCCUAUUUGUUUUAAUUGUUAAUAGACUGACACCGCUGUUUUAACAUCCAGAGUCACCUGAUUUUUUCAUUUUUUUUCCUUUUACGUUUAACUGGGGUCUUAGGUUUUCGUUAGCAUUCUAGGUUCGUCGAUGUUGUUCAUUCUUAAUCGUGGUGGCAAUUGUUUCCAGAUUUAAGUUGUUCGUCCGACUGAAAAGUCAUUUGUUGUUUUUGUGAUCACAUCUUUGUUCUUGAUUGCUUCACUUGUCCCGUGAAGCUUCUCGUUCACUGACUGAGGGGGGACUCGGUCUGAUAAUCAUUGUAUGUCUAAUGUAAUGAGAACUGCACAUUAUUCAUUAACUAGAACGUCUGCCCGUCCGAUGUUGUAACCUAAGUUCACCUACUAACUCCGUCGUUGUUCUUGCUAUUAAGUCCCCAAUGUUUUCUGGAUACCUGUUGUAACAUCAGUAACUUCAACAUUAUCGUGCUAUGGUUCCCGAAU